AUGCGGAUGGAGGGCGGUUCGGCUCUACAUCCUCCAGCAACCGCCUACCCGGCCUACCCGGCCUACCCCUCACAACAUCUUCCGCAGUCUCCGAACCAGCAAGCAGCCCAAGAAACUGGCAUCAAUGAGCAGCUUCUGGCGAUCAACAAGGUGCUUCACAGCGAACUGCUGCGCCAUCGCCUGCGCGCGGACUCCUUUGAAAAGUGCAACCGCUGGCGUCUCUCCUUUGCCUGUGAGAAGGAGAAGCUCUCGGCAGCCUUCGACCGCUUCUUGGAGCUGAGCAUCGCACAUGCGUGUGGUGUCGCGGCCACCCGGGUGGUGGUGCUCAGCUCUGGAUCUACUACUGGCGAGGUGGACUUCACCAUCACAUCGGACCCUCUGGCCGCGUCCCCGUCCGAUGUGAUCCAGGAGUUGCGCGCUCAACUGGCAGAUCCGUCGUCUCCCUUCCGCACCGGCGCAUUUGCAAAUUUCGCCUCGCGCAUCCUUCAGCUCAGUGGGGUGCUGCCUUCGCAGCACUGCUUGUGGGCACCCGGUCCAGAGGUCGCCGAGGAGGCAGGGCUGGAUACUGUAACGGAGAGUCUGGGCAAGCUCAACGAGCUUGCUGAGGUGGCUGGCCACUCGGAUGAAGAAAGUGAGGAUGAGGACGUUUCAAAGCGGCCAGAGUAUUGGGGCUUGCGGGUCUCAGACCUGUCCGAGUUCCAUAGUGCAAUUCGCGACGAGCUUGCUGGAUAUUGCCACGAUCACCACAUGAAGUUCGAGCAUGGACACUGCAUCCACCUAUGCAAGCAUGGGGCGAGCUGUCCUUGGGGCGACCAUGCCGGCGUGCUGCACGACAAGGCGUGCGCAGGUUCGCAGAUGCGCGGAGUCCCGUUGCUUCCCAACAUGCACGCAGUCGUCGCACGCUACGUGAAGCCACAGACUCGGCCUCUGGGGACGUCAUGGGCCACCAUGAAGUAUCCCCAGGGACUUCGCAUCACUCACUUCGUGACCCACACCUGGGAGGAGCUCUUUUCCGACUUUGUGGGGAGCUUGGAGGCAGCUUUGAGCCCGGACAACGUGGUUUGGGUUUGCAGCCUCGCAUUGAAUCAGAAUGCCGACAUCACCCAGAUGUUAGAUGUGGAGCUUUUGAAGUCUCCCUUUGCAGUUGCGCUGCGCAGAGCUUCGCGGCAGCUGGUUCUGCUGGAUCGGGACUUGAAGGUCCCCACCAGGUCUUGGUGUGCCUACGAGCUCGCAAUUGCGACGAAGUUUGCCAUGCCCACGUUUCUUUGGCCUCAUCCCGAGUCGGAUGUGGAGCACCUCAAAGGAAAGAUCAAGUCGCUUGACUUGCGCGAUGCAGUUGCCAGUAAGAAAGAGGACGAGGAGCGGAUUCGCCAGGAAAUCGAGAGCUCCGAAGGCUACGACAAGCUUAACUCCCGCUUCCGCUGCAUCAUGGAGCUUACCCUGAACUUCUACUCGAACGCCAUGGCCAAGGUUGCCAGCCUCACGCAGCAGAUUGCGGAGGCAGUAGCCGAGAAGGAUCCGUCGAAGGAGGCCGCGCUGAGAGCAGCCAGAGCUGCGGAGCUGCGGCGUCUUGAGGCCUCGCACGGCGCAGAGCAGCGCGCGGCGCUCCUGGCGGGCCGCUGCCGACAGCUGGAGGAGGAGGUGUUGGAGCUUCGCGGCCGCCUCGCGGAUCGCGAGGCGGCAGAGGGGCAGAGCCAGGCGCUGUCGGGACUGGGCUAG